CAAACAACAGUCUUUCAGCCCCGAAAAGAGAAAGAGAAGAAAAGCAUUUUGCCUUUUUUCUGUUCAAAAUUUCUCUGGUUUGGAGUCAAACUGCGGGAUUUGAACCCGGAACAACGUCUUUUCCUCCGGCAGAACUCGGCUUUGUGUCGACGCUCGCCUCUGGACCUCCUGCGGCCGUUUUCAACCAAAGCGCUGCCGACCCUGACGCUGUUCACCAAAGAGCCGUGUCCUCUGUGCGACCAGGCCAAAGAGACGCUGCAGCCGCUCCGACACCGGUUUGUCCUGCAGCUCGUGGACAUCAGUCUACCUGAGAACAGGGAGUGGUCCGACCGUUACAGGUGGGACAUACCUGUGUUCCACCUGGAUGGACAGUUUGUGAUGAAACACAAAGUGGACCUGGUCCUGUUGGACAAACUGCUGCAGGACGUGGAGAAAAAGAUGUGAUGUUUUUAAUUGUUUCACGUAUUUAUCAUUAAACAGCCCUAAUAAAAAAAAA